AUGAGCAACAAAGUUGUACCCAGGCUUUUGGAACUUGCAGCCCACGGCCUACUGAGCAAUGAAGCUCCAGCUAUGCCUGCACUGGAAGAGUUCACGGUGGACCUCUUCCCGCCACUAUUCACUGCCACCUUUGCCAAGGGGCACAAAAAGGCUCUGACAGCCCUGGUACAGGCCUGGCCCUUCCCCUUGCUCCGGCUGGGCUCUCUGAUAGUGCAGUGGCCCAACCAAGAAAGUGUGCAGGCUGUGCUGGAUGGGCUGGAGGCCUUCCCUACCCACAGGACCUGUCUCAGGAGGUCGGAACUGAGAGUGCUGGAUUUGACUCUGGACUUUGAUCAGGUUCAGAGUAAAGGGGUUUCUGAGGCCUUAGCCAAGUUUCCAUUUUGGUUACCAUCAACAGUGAAGGCACAGAUACCCCAGGCCACAGCCAGGCGCAAGCCAGGAGAAGACACAAGAAAAGGACCAAAGCAGCCAUGGGAGCCCCCUGACCGGGUCCUCAAGGACCUGGAGCUGAACUUCAUCCAAGAGUUGGAGGUAUUCAACUGGUUCCGGGCACUAUCUGAGCAGAAACUAUUUGCUACACAGCUGGGGAGGAUCUGCACCCUGCACAGCCUCAAGCUGGCCUAUUACCACUGGUCUUUUUCUCCAGAUGGCGAGGGCUCCUCCAGCUACUUCCUCUCCCAGCUCAGCAAGCUGAGCCACCUCCAGAAGCUCCACUUGUCUUAUUCCUAUCUCUCAGGCAACUUACAGCAAGUACUCAGCUGCCUACAGGCUCCACUGCAUGCCCUGGAGAUUCACUCUUGCACACUUCUGGACACGGACAUCAACUACUUGUCCCAGAGCUUUCAUGCCACCUCCCUGAAGAAGCUGGAUCUGAGUGCCCUGUGCUGCUGCUCCCAAGUGAGCUCCCUGGGCCUAUCUGACAACCCCAUUUCCAAGGCCGGCCUCCUGAGCCUGCUAGAACAUACAGCAGGACUAAUGGAGCUGAAGCGGGUGCUCUACCCUAUCCCCAUUGAAUGCUGUGUGUACUUGCAUGGCCUCUCCUGGGGCCCUGUCAACAAAGGCAAGCUGUGCCAGGUUCAGGCUGAGAUGCAGAAGCUACUACAGACCGUGCAGCGGGCAGACAUGCAGUGGAGCCCCCCAUUGCCCUCACCCUUGCCCGUGAGGCUGGUGCAGCUGGACUGA